GCACCGCUCGUUUCCUCUAGUAUUUAUAUCGUCUUAACUUAAAAAUGUCUUUAUUAUUCUCAUGGUUGGAUUACACAUUAUUUAUUUUAAUGCUUUUAAUAAGCACCAUAAUCGGAAUUUAUUAUGGAUUUUUCCAAAAACAAACUUCAGCGAAAGAAUAUCUUCUUGGGGGUAAAAACAUGAACGUUUGGCCAAUUUCUUUAUCAUUAGUGUCAAGUUGUGUGUCUGGAGUACCUCUUUUGACGUUUCCCACGGAAAUAUAUAGUUUUGGAAUAUCAACUGCUUUAGUUACUUUUGAAAUGGCAAUAAUAUUCGGUUCUACAUAUUUCAUAUUUUUACCCGUAUUUUAUCAAUUACAAGUAACAAGUAUGUACGAAUAUUUUCAAUUAAGAUUCGAUAAAAGCAUGAGGAUUCUCGCUUCUGUAUUAUACACUAUUUAUAUGGCUUUGUAUCUACCAUUAGUUAUUUAUGUACCAUCUUUAGCACUCUCUCAAGUUACUGGAAUUGCUGCUGGAGUUUUAAGUCCAAUUUUAUGUGGAAUAUGUAUCUUUUACACAACUUUGGGUGGACUUAAAGCCGUCGUGUGGACGGAUGCUUUACAAUUUUUCUUUAUGAUCGGUUCGAUGUUGGUUGUUGUAGUCGUUGGAACAAUACAUGCUGGUGGAAUUGAAAACCUUUGGAAAUUAGCUUCAGAUAAUGGAAGAUUAGAUUUAACUUUCGAAUUAGAUCCCACCAUAAAGGAUAGUUUUUGGAGUGGAGCAAUUGGAUUCCUUUUCGUUUGGUUCACCGUGGUUUCUUUAAAUCAAGGAACGAUUCAAAAAUGCAUGUCGCUUUCUUCCUACAAAGAAGUCAAAAAAGCUUUAUUGACAUCUUGGAUAACGUUAAGCAUCCUUUUAUUUUUCGUUUUUUUUACUGGUUUAACGAUGUACGCAAAAUAUUUCGAUUGUGAUCCUUUAGCAUCUAACAAAAUUCAAAAACGUGACCAAAUGGUUCCUUAUUUUGUAAUGGACGUUUCUAAGAACAUACCAGGACUUGCUGGGUUAUUUAUAGCAGGAAUCUUAAGCGCAGCUCUAAGCACAUUAUCAGCUGGAAUGAACUGUUUGGGAGCCACAAUUUAUGAAGAUUUCCUGAAACCAUUUCUCGGUGCUAAUAUCUCGGAUAAAAAAACUAGUCUAUUAUUAAAAUUAAUUGUAGCUGCAAUUGGUGUUAUAUGCACAGCUUUAGUUUACGCCGUUGAACAACUUGGAAAUGUGUUACCUCUUGUUUUAAGUGUUUUUGGUGUUGCUGGAGGUCCAAUUUUAGGAAUCUUCACCGUUGGAAUGAUGGUUCCAAUGGUAAACUCAAUAGGUGCUCUUAUAGGAGGAAUAGUUUCUUUAGUAGUAAUGUCUUGGAUUGUUGUUGGUACACAUAUUUAUCGAACAACUCAUCCUUAUUCACUUUUACCAAUAUCGACAGAUGGUUGUCCGUUAAAUGGAACUUUGAGUGCUUUAAAUACAACUGCACACGUUUUUGUAAAAGACGAUGGAUUCUUUUUAUUUAGACUUUCGCCUAAUUAUUAUACAUUAAUGGGAUUCCUAAUUGUCGUAGUUUUAAGUGUUGUGAUCAGUUUUCUUUUUAAGAAGAGAAACACUAUUGUUGAUAAGGAUUGUAUCACUCCUUUUAUGCAAUUUUUAUUGCCUAAAACAGAAAUGUAUUUUCCAGUGGAAGAAAUUGUUAAAUUAACCGAUAAAGAUAAUGAGUAUAAUAAAAUUCAAUUAUAAAUUUAA